CGACUAACGCGCGCUCGCGCAGCUAUUCGUUCAGUAUUACUCCGGUACUCGUUGUGAACUAAUCAAUAAUUAGUAUAGUGAUAAUUGUAUUUAUUUAUUUAGUUUGUAUAGUGCAUUUUUAAGUUAAGACAAUGUUCCGUUAUCUAGUCCUAUUCCUGGCGUGUCUGCGGCAGGAGGUGACCAGCUAUUCGGUCACCAACGAGGUUAUCAGCGAACCAGAGCUGAUAUUAGCAUUCGUCGUCAACCGUCACGGCGACAGGUCGCCAGAUGCUGACGAGCUCUCAUUAUCAAAGAUCGCUGAUUAUCUUAAGAAUCUCACCUCUAUAGAGGGGCUGGAAGGAUUAACAAAUACCGGCAAACGCCGCGCCUACCAGCUCGGCAAAUUCCUCCGGCAACGCUACGGCUCCCAGGGGCUCAACAUACUCUCUGACUUAUACUUGAAGGACGAGCUGUCCAUCCGCUGCACAGACAAGGAGCGCACGAAAAUGACGGCCCUGGUGGCAAUGGCGGCGGCCUAUCCGCCGGAGGUUGAGCAACAGUGGGACGACGGCGUUGGCAAAGUGUGGCAGCCCGUGCCCUACACCACUGUGCCGCUCGACCAAGACUAUUUACGGUUCUACUCCAGCUGCCCGCACUUCACGUCACUCAUGGAAGAAACCAAGAUGGCGGCCGUCAACGAAGAAUUCGCGCCCUACGCCGACCUGAUCCCACUUCUGAAGCAGGAGACAGGCCACAACUUCACAGAGAACCCGGUGCUGUUCCAGACAUUGGUGGAUUUGUUCAAAAGCCAGAUAAGCCUGGGUGUGGAUAUCCCGGAGUGGUCCAAACCUAUCCUGCCACGCCUGACGGAAGCCUCUCUCCUGGCCUACAGGCUCUUCUUUAAAACUAAGGAUCUGAAGAUGAUUGGAGGAGGCGUCCUCCUCCACAAGUUCCUUGAGACCACCAAAGCCGCAACCACCGGCAAGGCCUUCAAGAAGCUGAGCGUAGUCUCCGCUCACGACUACAACAUGGGCGGGCUGAUGGCCGUGUCGAGGGUCGCGGGCGACGAGCGGAUCAUGCCGGCCUACGCGUCGCUGUUUGCACUCGAACUGUACAGGUCUAGGGGCGGCGUGUACAGUGUACUGCCGGUGUACCUAGAGCAAGCAGGACAGGGCGCAGCGACGCACCUGCGUUUCCACAGCUGUCCGGACCCUUACUGCGAACUGGAGAAGUUUAAGGACUUGACCCAGGAGUAUGUGCUGCCUGAGAAAGAGUAUCACAGGAUGUGUAGCGAGAAAACUGAGUUAUAGUGGCCAUUUUGACAAAAUAGAUAAUGGUGUUCAAAUUGUUCAAUCGAAUUAAGUGACUAAAAAUGUUUCUAAUUUGUAAAAGGUAUAGGUAUGGAUAAAUAGUCUUAUCAAAGACAGUAAUAAACAAGUUUUUCUUCAUAUUUCUGUUCACAGCUAAGUAAAGGGUUAACGAAACGUGCAUGCUAGUUGUCGCACCGUCUAAAUGAGCCUUUACGAAAUAGUUGGGUCGUGUUUGGUUUGGUGUAUGUAACUUUUAAUGACAAUGAAAGUUUCAACAAUUUGGCUAAUGAAAAAUUUUGACUAUCGUACAAUUUAUAUUAGAAUAUAAAAUAAAGACAACGAGUGAUGUAACUUAUGAAAAUAAUAAUUAAAUUGAUAAAAAUAUGUUUAAUUAAUUAUAUCACUUUAUCUGUGAUAGUAAGUUAGUGACAUCGGUAAUAACUUAGUAAAAAAUAUUAUUAUUACUUUUUAAAACUAACGUGCCUAUAUUUCGCUCAGCCAUUUUCAGAAAAUGGCGCGAAAUUCAACACUUAUGUAAGUGAAAGGUGAAUGGCAUUCCAUGGCUAAAUUUCGUUUGCAGACGUUUCUGCUUAAUAAAACAUUAUACUAUAAAUAGACCUAGAGCUAGUUAUAGUUUUCAUUCAUAUACUUACUAGAGAAUAAGCGUGUUUGUAAAUUUUCUAGAAUCUGGUCAGCAAAACGCUUCAGUGAAAAUGUAAACUGAUAGUUACAAAGACAUAAAACAU